UUCAUCGAAGCGUCUUACCGAAAGCCGCCGAAGCAGUAAUGUAUUGAUAUUCGGAUGCUUCUGUGUUAAGGAAGCUGUCUUCUGCUCCUUGAAGUUGAACCUUUUCUUGAGUUUAUCAGUGUUUCGCAAUUUUGCGAUUAUUAUCUGGACUCUCUUCAUUCCGUAUUCUGAACAAUUCCGUUGAGCUUCUGCGUUUUGGGUUCGUAAUAUUGAUCAUCUAGAGCAUUUUUUAGUUCUUGGUGGUCGUGGAAUUGAAGAAAUGGGGCAACAACAAUCCAAAGAAGAACUGCUUUAUCAGCAGGUCAAUUAUGCAAACAUAGAAGGAAUCAAAGAGCUUCACAGACAAGGUGCAAACCUUGAGUGGGUUGAUAGAGAGGGAAAGACUCCUCUGAUUGUUGCGUGCAUGAACCAUGAACUGUUUAAUGUUGCUAAAACUUUGAUUGAACUGGGUGCCAACGUCAAUGCUUACCGUCCAGGAUGUCAUGCGGGGACACCCUUGCAUCAUGCGGCAAAAAGAGGCAUUGAGCAAACUGUGAAGUUACUUAUUUCUUAUGGAGCAAAUCCUUUAAUAAUGAAUGAUGAUUGUCAAACCCCACUUGAAGUUGCUAGAGCAAAGGGGUAUAGCAAGGUUGUUCGUGCCAUUGAGGGUCAUUUAUGCUUUUUUGCUGGCUACCUGCGGGAACUUUAUGGACCAGGAUUUCUUGAAGCGUUAGCCCCUCAAUGGGUGUCAAGAAAAAUUUGGGCUGUGGUUGUGCCCUGUGUCUCCCGCAAUCCUGCUAAGCCUCUCAAAUUGGAGCUUGCUAUAUAUUGUGGUCUUCAGGAAGCACAGCCUCGCACAAUUGUUCCACUUUGGAAAUGCAAAAUUGAAGAAGUGAAAAUUAACCAACCAGAUCCUACAAUCAUCAUUUUUGACAAAUCAACUAAAACACGCUACAAGUUUGUCUCUGCAAAUGAGGGUGAUAAGCAGCAAAUUUUGAUGUUUUAUAAUGCAUGCAGGGGAUUUUCUGAGGUACAUCCCCCAUUAUCACCUAAUACCCAUACUCCAGUUGCUCCAGCAACUGCACCACCCUCUACUGCAGAAGAUGUAGAAUUAGCUAUGGCAAUCAACGCUUCCAUCCAAUCAGCUAUACAGGAGAGUGCACCAGUUCUUCCUAAUACUCACGUGGGCCCUGAAGUAAGCAGCAUAAAUGGUUGGGGGACCUCUGGGGAUAGUUCUAUUUCGGUUCCAACUGGAGAACCUGCACCUCCUUUAAAAGCGAAUAACAAUGAAAGCAACACGAAUUCUGUUGAUAAUUCCAGUCAAAAUGGUCUGUCCCCAACAGGAGGACUUGCACCUCCUUCAAAAGCUAGUAGUGGAUGGCCGGAUGAACCCGUUAAUGACGCAUCCAAUGGUUGUGCUGUUUCAGAAGCUGAGCCAGGUAGCAAUCAAGCGCAGCAUAACCAAGCAGUGCAUGAGUCUUCUCUAGUAGCUCCAUCAAUUCCAUCAGCUCCACCGAUUUCAGAGAUAGGUACAGAUGAUGGCCCCAUUCACUAUCCUUCAAUUGAUUGCAGCCCAGUUGAUCUAUCCAUACCAACUGCGGAUAGUGGACCAUCUACAACAAAUGAAGUGAAAGAAGAUGGUGGCGCCUCUUCCUCGUGUGUAAUAUGUUUGGAUUCUCCAAUUGAGGGAGCUUGUAUCCCUUGUGGCCACAUGGCAGGCUGCAUGUCUUGUCUGAAUGAGAUCAAAGAAAAGAAAUGGGGAUGCCCUGUGUGCCGUGCUACCAUAGAGCAGGUUGUAAGGCUCUAUGCUGUCGUGUGACAGUAAGGGAAGUUGAUUAUGGUUCGUGAAAAUUCUGGAUUUCUUCUGUUGAUUGUGGGGUAAAUGAGAAUCUGUUUUGUGGCAUUUAAACAUUUUUUUUUAUUUAUCAAUCACCACAUUCAUAGUGUCGGGUGUACAGAUCAUAGCUAUACGGCCUAUACCACGAAUAUGUAUAAAAACAAGAGAAACUCUACUCUAGUGAUCGCAAGUCUUGUUUGGUUGUCAAUAUUUCUAUGUUAUCGAGUGUUCCUGGAAUGUUUCUGUUUGAUUUAGAGUGUAUAAUCCUUGUAUGAAAUUGUGUAGCAUAUCUUCUCUAUCAGUGGAAUUGAAAUGACAUGGCCCAUUUUCAUGCCA